CUCCUCGCCGCCGCGCCGCGCCUGCAGCACCUGCGCCUGCACCGCUGCGCCGGUGAGGUGAUCAUGUCUGCGCUGUCCACCAGCCGGCCGAACGUGCUCACGUCGCUCGAGAUCACGGAGUCCUCCCUGCCCUCGUUGUGGCUGCAAGAGCUCUUCACCGCCAGCCGCGGGCUAAAGCACUUUAAGUACCGGUACGAGAGCGCCCUCGGGCCGCCAUUCAACCCGGAGCCACUGCACUCCGCAUUGCGCAUGGUCCGCGCCACGCUCGAAACCCUCGACUUCAACAGCGCGCACUGGUGCCUGCUCAGCAGCAGCGCGAAAUUAGGGCCGUUCACCGAUUUCCCCCGCCUCACCACGCUGAAGACGAAAUACCACUGGCUGCUGAACCACCACUCCCACCACCAGUACCACCACCACUCCAACUCAAGCAUGCGCCUCGCAGACGUCCUCCCCCCGCGCCUCCAGCAGCUCUCGCUCUCCUGCUGCCACCACAGCGAUACCGACUUCUUCGCGGACGUCUUCGAUGCCGUGGCCUCCGCGCGCUUCAAAGAGCUCGCGGAUCUUAAUGUCGCACCCAGCGGAAUGGCUAACGCAUGCGCUGGCACCGAGUAUAGCCGCCUCGCGGGCGUGUGCAGGAUCAAUAGGAUGGACUUCUCUGUCUAUGGUAAUCCCAUUCUGCGCUUUGAUGAGAGUGGGGGCAUGAUUGAUCUGGAUGGUGAUUGAGGGAGUGGGUGCGUGGGUGCGUG